UCAAGAGGAGCUAGAAGUGGGAGAAGCCACAAGAAGCAGCCAAGAGUUGGAGCCAGACCAGGAGCCGGAGCCAGAGUUAGAGCUGAAGCUGUUUUUGCUAAAGGAGCAUCAACUAAAGAAGUCGAAACCAUGAUGGUUAUCUUGGGACUGCUCACCUCCUUCCUUUUUUUCCUGUAUGUGAUGGCUCCAUCCCUCAGGAAGUUCUUUGCUGGUGGGGUUUGUAAAACCAACGUGCAGCUUCCUGGGAAGGUGGUGGUGAUCACCGGUGCCAACACGGGCAUCGGCAAGGAGACGGCCAGAGAGCUCGCUCGCAGAGGAGCCCGAGUAUACAUUGCCUGCCGAGACGUACUGAAGGGGGAGUCUGCCGCCAGUGAAAUCCGAGCUGACACAAAGAACUCCCAGGUGCUGGUGCGGAAACUGGACCUAUCGGAUACCAAAUCCAUCCGAGCCUUUGCUGAGGGCUUUCUGGCAGAGGAAAAGCAGCUCCAUAUUCUGAUCAACAACGCAGGAGUGAUGAUGUAUCCAUAUUCUAAGACAGAGGAUGGCUUUGAAACCCACCUGGGAGUCAACCACCUGGGCCACUUCCUUCUCACCCACUUGCUCCUGGAGCGGCUGAAGAAGUCUGCUCCUGCACGGGUGGUGAACCUGUCGUCGGUGGCCCACAUCGCUGGCAAGAUUCGCUUCCACGACCUCCAGGGUGAGAAGCGCUACAGCCGGGGUUUUGCUUACUGCCACAGCAAGCUGGCCAAUGUGCUUUUCACUCGUGAGCUGGCCAAGAGGCUCCAAGGCACGGGGGUCACCACCUACUCAGUGCACCCAGGCAUUGUCCGUUCUGAGCUGGUCCGGCACUCCUUCCUGUUGUGCCUGCUCUGGCGGCUCUUCUCACCCUUUGUCAAGUCGGCGCGGGAGGGCGCGCAGACCAGCCUGCACUGUGCCCUGGCUGAGGGCCUGGAGCCCCUGAGCGGCAAGUACUUCAGUGACUGCAAGAGGGCCUGGGUGUCUCCAAGGGCCCGAAACAACAAGACGGCUGAGCGCCUGUGGGACAUCAGCUGUGAGCUCCUAGGAAUCCAGUGGAAGUAGAGCUGGCGGAAGAGCCACAGCUGUAUCAGGUCUUGUCUGCACCACAGUGAAAGGGGACCAAGGAGAAGGCCAACCCUGAGGGCUUGUCCUCCCAGCUGGUUGCUGUUGCGAAUCCUGUCCUCCUCCGAUUCUCCUGACCCUCCUGGAAACCUUUGCACACCACCCUCUCAUGGGGCUUGAUCAUGGCCUGAGAUGUCCACACCCACAGAGCAUUUUCUCCCAAGACUCACAGAGCCGGCCAGCCGAGGUCUCGGGGCAGGAGGAAUGGGCAGAUGUCAGGCUGAGCAGGGGGACGGAGAGAAGAGCCUGGCUCUUUUUGGGUCGGUUUCCUCACCAGCACCAGAAACGCCAGCCAGCGUGCGCAGCAGAGGCGACAGGAGCAUCAGCAUUACGUAUUUCUAGGGACUAUAGGCUCAAAUUCCUGAUUGAUCUGUUUCUUCUUUGAAAUACUAGUCACAUGUCUGGAGCCUGGACCGACUCAGCAAAAUCUUAGCUUAACCGUGGCCAGCUUUGGUUCCUUUCUCUGAGCACCUCGGGGCCACUCAGUGAAGCUGGACAUUCCCAGUUUAUUUUUUCACUUUUUUUAAACAUUGAAAAUGUUUUCUAGCUUUAUUGAGAUAUCAUUGACAUAUACCAGUGCGUAAGUAUGGACCUUCCCACUUUCAACCAUGCAGACUUCCCUAAAGCAUUCCCUUUGCCUCGGGGUGCAGAGGAAACAGACAGCCUGCACGCCUCAUCGGCUCUCUUACUUUCUCAGGGUAGCAGGAGAGAGAUGGGACAGAGUGAGGAAGCCAGCCGUCUCGUUCAGUGAGGAGCAUCUCACCCUACGCACCACCCACAACCUUUUUAUAAUAUCGCAUCUUAUGAUGCAUUAUUGAGAUGGUGUAAAAUAAGAUGUUUUGGUUGGGUAUUUUCUCAAGUUUCCUCCAGCUCUCACAUUUUAUUAUCUAAGAAGUGACUUCAAUCACACAAAGGCUUAGCUUCACUGUAGAUCAAGGCCAGAGGGAAUAGGGGACAUCACUUAAUUGGAUACAUGGAUGCAGAAACACCAAGCCCUGAUAAACUCUCCACCUGAAAUCUUCUCUUUUCUGGCCUCCCUGCUCUCCUGUGCUGUGGCUCGGGUGACCUGCUCCUUGCCUCAGGUGUGGAAGGUCACUGAGAAGAGGCAAGGAGAUGUGCCUAAUCUGUCAGCCAAUUAACCAAAGAGGUCAUGUUACUGGUUCCUGUUCUAAAGCAUCCAAAGGGCAUCUGGUGACAAAAUGUCCUUUUCUUCCUUAGCAAGUCUACUUUUUUAAACAACCGUUUUAUUAUGGGAAUUUUCAAAUAGACAAAAGUAGAGCAAAUAGUAUCGCAAAUCUCCCUGUAGUCCAGCUUCAACACUGACAUCCUGUCAACCUUGUUUCAUCUGUAUUUCCCCCAUGAAAUUUUUUGGGGGGGUGUAGUGGGAUAUCCAGAUACCAUGCAUUCACCAGUAAAUACUUUAAUGUGCGUCUAAAUAAGAACACAACAAGCUCAGUGAUCAGAAGUAACCACACAGGGUGGCCUGAUCAGAGAGUCCUACCUGGGCGGGUCACAGCAGGUAGUUGCCUCCCAGGUCUACAGCUUCCUUAGCAAGGGCCAAUCUUUACCUUACGUGAGCUCUGCCCAUUGUUCUUGUGCAUCCAGGAUAACGUAUCUUUGAAGUGUCAGAAUAAUUUUCUGUUCUAGACUCCCCGUGGCCACAACCACCAGCACCAGAGCACAAGACCACAGAAUCCCUUUGUUAUCUUGUUCACUGCAUCCUGUUUCUAUGUGCUGUGAAUGUUAAUUAUUAACUAUCUACCCACCAAUGUGUUUCUCCGAGUUGCCUUUUAUCCAUGUUUUCUCCCGCCUCCGUAAUCCACCACCAGUGGAUUUCAUGUAACCCCUUAUGUCUCCUCCUUUGAUUCAAAUGUAUAAAAUAAGCCACAAAAUUGCCAUUUUCCAGAGCAUUUUUCAACCUGUUGAGAUUUUGUUUCCCAUAAUAUUUUGUCAGUUUGGCUGAAAUAAACUCAUAAAAAUUCUC